AUGAAGGUUUGGAGAGCUUAUGAUGUUGGACAUGGUAAAAGCGUUCCCUAUAGCAAUUUCACUCAAACGAAGAAGACUGAACUUCCAUCGCUUACCAAGAUUACCGAUGUCCCCAGCACUAAUCUUGUAUUCUGUGAAGUCAUGCCAAGGAAAUGUCAUGUCGCCAAAGACAAAGACAUGAAGACAUCCGCCGACGACAACAGCAGCGACACAGACGAGGAUAUGCUUUUCACCUGUCCAGAAGAUGGAUGUGUGAAAACCUUCCAACGGUUUUCAUCCCUCCGGAAACAUCUGGAUGGAGGCAGGCACAAGUACGCCCUUGAGAGGGAGUCAUUCCUUGAUAAAGCAAUGCUACGCUAUGCUGAAAAUCUAGGAAGUGGGGCUGCAUCCAUAGUAGGGCAAGUUGAGCAGAUUGCUGAAGAAUCAAAGGUGCCUUCGAUAAAGAUGGGAUGGGCGCUAAAACGUGUUUCCACAAGUCGACACCGUUUCAAUGAGAAGCAAAAAAGUACCUCAUCGACAUAUUUCUUCUUGGCGAGCAGACAGGGCAAAAAGCAGAUGCUAGUGAUGUCUCAAAAUCGAUGAGAAAAGCGCGCAAUGCAGAUGGUUCUCUUCUUUUCCUGUCUAAUGAAUACCUGACAUCACAGCAGAUUACCAGCUUCUUUUCCCGUACAGCCGCCAAGAAAUCGAUUCAAGUUACAUCAGCUUCGAAUCUUGACCUCGAUGAUGACGAUGACCUUGAUGACUUGGUCUCCGCCAUGGCAGAGAAAGAGCUUCAGCAAAUGCGUGAAGAAAUAUUGAAUGAUAUUUCUAUCCAACACCCAAUCACAUACGAAUCCUAUAACAUAUGCGAAAUGGCCACCGCGUCCAAGCUUUCAAAGUUUUCUAUGGCAAUGUUACAGGAAAUCUGCAAGCACUACGAACUUGACACUUCAAGUAUAAAGCAGAAAAGGAAGCAGCCAUACAUAGACUUGCUGGAUGAAUUGGUAGAGUCGUGCACAUGUUAA